AUGUUUCUAGUUGGGAGCUUCAUUGUCAUCUGUGGGCUGCUGGCCCAGAGCACAGCCCAGCUGGCAGGCCUGCCAUUGCCCUUGGGCCAGGGCCCGCCCUUGCCACUGAACCAGGGCCUGCCUUUACCACUGAACCAGGGUCUGCCCUUGCCACUGAACCAGGGUCUGCCCUUGCCCCUGGGCCAGGGUCUACCUUUGGCUGUAAGCCCAGCACUGCCUUCAAAUCCCACAGAUCUUGCUGGAAGCUUCACAAAUGCUCUCAGUGAUGGCCUGCUGGCUAGGGGACUGCUGGGCAUUUUAGAAAACAUUCCACUCCUGGAUAUUAUAAAGUCUGGAGGAGACAAUUCUAAUGGCCUUGUUGGGGGCCUGCUUGGAAAACUGACAUCAUCAGUUCCUCUCCUGAACAACAUCCUCGACAUAAAAAUCACUGAUCCCCAGCUGCUGGAGCUUGGCCUUGUGCAGAGCCCUGAUGGCCAUCGUCUCUAUGUCACCAUCCCUCUGGGCUUUAAACUCAAAGUGAAUAUGCCUGUAGUUGGAAGUCUUUUGCAAUUGGCUGUGAAGCUGAACAUCACUGCAGAAGUCUUAGCCGUGAAAGACAAUCAGGGGAGGAUUCAUCUGGUUCUUGGUGACUGCACCCACUCCCCUGGCAGCCUGAAAAUCACCUUGCUCAAUGGAGUCACUCCUGUUCAAAGCUUUUUAGACAACCUCACGGGAAUACUGACUAAAGUCCUUCCUGAGCUGAUCCAGGGCAAGGUAUGUCCUCUGGUCAAUGGGAUUCUCAGCGGUUUGGAUGUCACCCUGGUGCAUAACAUUGCUGAAUUACUGAUCCAUGGACUAAAGUUUGUCAUCAAAGUUUAGGCUUCCCAGGAAGGAAGGCCUGCCUUGGUUGAGCUGAAUCACUUCUUGCUGCUCAGUCUCCUGCCUCUUGCCUAGUUUCCUAUGGCUCGGAGAAAAGGGCCUACAUCCUGGAAAAUUAUAAGUCUGCCUUCUCC